AUGGGCGAUGACCUCGAGGCGCGAUUGAAGAGCCACGCUCAGGCUUUUGCAGGGCUGAUGUCUCUCAUCCCAGCUAAAGAUUACUACGGCAAAGACGAGAGUAUUACUAGCACACAAUGGCAACAAAAGAAGAAGCAAACCACAGAACAGCGGCAAGCUGCCAAACGCGCAAAGCUGGAUCCCGCCUCCCACAAGACCGCCAAAGACGUCAUGGAUGAGAACGCCCUAAAGCGCAAGCGAGAGCUGGAGGGUGAGGGUGGGCUAUCUGGGGAAGAGUCGUCCGACCUCGACAUGUACAUCGAAAAGGAGAAGCCUCUGGAGGGUAUCAAGAUCAAAACGAAAAAGCAGAAGACUGAGGACGCUGCCGCAGACACUGCGGGUGACAAUGACGACGUGAAGAGGUCCAAGGCUCAAGCUUUGAAGGAGGCAAAGGCUGAGAAGAAGAAGGAGAAGAAGAAGGACAAGCAGGCACAGAAGAAGAAGCAACUGGAAACAAAGAAGGCGCGACAGUCAGAUUCCGGCAAAGUUGGCGCCGACACUAAAGCGCCAAAGGGAGAUGAAAUGGACGAAGAAGAUGAAAAUGAAGAUGACGACGAGCUCGACAACGCGGAGGAUCGUGUCGAAGAUCUAGACGUCAGUGGUCUCAUCGAAGAGGUCCAGUCUACUGAUCCAUCUACUGCUGAAAAUUCAAACACCUCGCCUUCCGUCGUCUCUGCCGAUUCCUCGUCCUCGUCUACCGUUCCUCCGCCAGGGGAAGAAGCGCCCGAGAAGAAAGAGAAGAAGCCUUUCGUAUUCGAUCAACAAAGUCACGACAAUUUCCGAGCUCGAUUAAAUGCAAAACUUGAAGCCAUGCGUGCAUCGCGCAAGGCCGAUGGACCCGACGGACGACCUGCAAGAAAUCGCGCAGAGCUUAUCGAAACGCGGCGGAAGAAGGAAGCUGAGCGGAAAGCAGCCAAGAAGACAAGUCGUCAAGAAGCCAAGGAGGACGAGGCACGCCAAAAAGCCGAGGAGCAACUCGCGCGGAUAAGAGGCGGAUCUGGCUCGCCUUCAAUCUUCCCAGCAAGGUCACCGGAAACGGAGCGUAGCUUCAACUUUGGCAAAGUCGCGUGGGAGGACGGUCAACAACUGCAGGGCAGCCUGUCCGGAUUUCUCGAAAACAGAAAAAAGAAGGGCAAGUCUGACGCGAAGACUGCGCUGGAAGCUGCGCAGAAGAAGCACGCGCGGAUCAGCGGCCUCGACGAGACAAAGCGCAAGGACAUCGAAGAGAAGGAUCUGUGGCUCAACGCAAAGAAGAGGGCGCAGGGCGAGAAGGUACACGACGAUGUCGGCCUGCUGAAGAAGAGCCUGAAGCGCCAAUUGAAGCAGAAGGAGAAGAGCAAGCAGGAGUGGAAGGACAGGCUCACGAACGUCGAGCAGGGCAAGGAGAAGCAGCAGAAGCGGCGAGAGGAGAACUUGAGGAAACGGAAAGAAGACAAGGGCCAGAAGGGCAAGAAAAAGUCCAAGAAGCCCGCAAAGAAAGUCAAGAAGCGACCGGGUUUUGAGGGCACGUUCAAGGCAAGAUGAGCUCUGGGGUCGGUAUAGCGGUAAAACUUAAGCAAUUGGAU